AUGAGGACUGCGGUCCUGUGGGGCCUGCUGGCCCUACUGUGUCAGCACACACUGGUCAGCAGCCACAUACUGGGAAGGGCCUCUUCUACCAGUGACCUUGCUCAGCUCAAGUCUUUACUGGAGCGCUUUGAGGAGACUCUGGCUCAAGCAGCCCAAGAGGAGGACUCUGAAGCUGAUUAUGAAGGGCCAAACCAAGAGCUUCAGCGCAGCCAGGCCAGCCAAGGAUGGAGCCUGGACCAGGAGGGGGACCAAGAACCUCUGACAUCAGAAAGAUCUCAGCUACCGGCAGAGGGCCACAGCAGGGCCACGAGUCAGAGGAGCCGUCUGCAGGAUCUGCUGCUGACCGCCAGGAAACGGGCCUCCAGCUGCUUCGGAGCCAGAAUGGAUCGGAUAGGAAACGCCAGUGGUUUGGGAUGCAACAGCGCGAGAGGGUAG